AUGGGUUUUAGGUAUUACGGUCAGGAAUACCAUCUCGGAGCCAAGUUGUUUCCUUUUGGAACUAAAGACCAGGGAGUCUCAAAUAUAAGGUGUUAUGGGACGAAAUGUCCUGACUGGAGUUGCAAAGACGGAUACGGUAGAGUCACAUCACGGAGCUUAGAGGAAGCUCGUCUCCUUCCGAAUCCUUCGCGGACCACAAUUAACAUUUGCCGUUGGAUUGGAAACAGUGCGUGCGCUGAUGCGAAGUGCGCCCAAUAUAACGUUGCACUUCUUACCAACGAAUGCGGUGACACGAUCCCACGUUAUCACGGAUACCGUGACAAGACGAAUUGGCAUACGGUCAGAAGACAUCUAAAGAAGGGGCCAAAAUGCGAUAACUCUUUAUUCGAGCCCGAUUCUGGGCCUUGCGCCGAACCUGAUUUCGUCCAAUGGAGCAACCAAAAACUCUCGUGCAAAGGGCUGCAUCGGCCCCAAUCACGCGGAGGGAAGCGUCAAUACCGUGUCAAGUUGAAAGGUCUCGCGCACUUCCUAUCCCCGGCGCGCCCUUACGCCAGCCGGAGCAUGUUCUUUCGCAGUGAUCGCCAUUGGCCAUACCAACUGUUUCGCUACUACCGACUUAGAAACCCUCACUGUGUGUUCACUGGUGUUAGUAGCGACAGGAUCGACCGUCACAAUAUCCUAGGUACCCUACCAAUUGAAGCCGAAACCGAGCAUCUGGUGCCUCUUUCUUUGCAUACCCGGUUUAUUGAAGUAGCGAACACAGGUUGGCUUCGAGGCAGUAGGAGAGGAUCUAGAGCGACACGAGCACCGCCAGUUGACUCAGCAGCGCUGAAGAAUCUUUACUAUGGCGCCAACACGCUGCGUGCAGGUCUGAGCCGCGUAGCACGAUUCAGUCCGAAUUUAAGAUCCCCUGUCGAUCGUGUAUGGGAAGCAUUCGGGUCGACGACUAAUCGAGAGAAUAUGGUUAUGACGCAAAGGCAAAUUAACGCCCAGAAACAGACGGUGUUUGACAUUCAAAGGAGAUGUAGCGAAAGCCAGUGGCAUAGGUGGCUUCGACUGCUCAUCGAAGGUGAUCGCACUAUCACUCAAGAACUAUUGGGCAAUUUGCGGAUGGUACUAUCCGUCUUCCGGUACCAUCAAAUAGGAGAUGUUGCGAAACGUACCGAGCGUACUCGGGACAUGAUUCGAGACCAAUAUAAGCUCAUUGGACGAGAACAUCGAUCACUGCGACAUCUGGCAGAUCACUGGAGUGAGUUCUAUGAUGACUAUAUGACCGAGAUCGAAGAACAGAGCCGAGACUAUCUCAUUGAUCGCAUUAAUAUGACGCGAGAUGCCCUCCGUGGACUCUUGAGCAGGCAUCAUGUCGCUGUGCGAAGGGCCCUUAACCUAUUGGAGGAUGACGUUAAAUCGGGAGUCUUGCUACCGAGAUAACGACAUUGGAAGUACCUGCAAGCUAACCCCAGGACAUUAACUCUCCCUGAUGCGGUGGUCU